AUGUGGAUUUCCAUUCUCUUCUUCAUCUCCUGUGUCUUCGUCCUCCUUGAAAAUGGUCUGCUCAUCUUCAUUAUCCUCAUCAAAAGCAGCCUCCAUGAACCUAUGUAUCUUUUCCUCUGUAUGCUGGCUGGAGUUGACAUUGCCUUUGCCACGACCACAGAACCCAAGGCAUUGGCCAUUUUCUGGUGCAAUAAUAGGGAAAUCUCUGUUGAUAGCUGCAUUGCUCAGCUCUACUUUAAGCAUUCCUCCUUCAUUUCUGAGUCAGGCAUCUUGCUGAUUAUGGCAUUUGACCGCUACAUUGCAAUAUGUUACCCGUUGAAGUACACCAUGAUACUCACCCACUCUCUGAGAGGAAAAAUUGGUGUGGCUGCUUUCUUGAGAACACAUUGUACAAUUUUUCCCAUGACAUUUCUUCUGAAGAGGCUGACUUUUUGCAGAAAUAAUAUCCUUCCGCAUACAUUCUGUGAACAUAUUGGCUUGGCCAAAUAUACGUGUGAUGACAUCCAAGUAAACAUCUGGUAUGGGUUUUUUGUCUUAAUGUCAACAGUGAUCCUAGAUAUUGUCCUCAUUUUUGUUUCCUAUGUUCUGAUUCUCCAUGCUGUCUUCCAUAUCCUCUCCAAAGAUGCCCACCACAAAGCUCUCAACACAUGUGGCUCCCAUGUCUGUGUCAUCAUCCUCUUUUAUGAGCCUUGGGUCUUCUCAGUUCUUACUCAGCGCUUUGGACACCACAUCCCACUACACGUCCAUAUCCUGCUGGCCAAUGUCAGCAUGCUUGCUCCACCUGAAUGCUGA